UCCCGAGCAAUUCGUUCCGGGACGACGUUAUCUCUGCAGGUUGAUCCCCGAGAUCGACAUGCGAUACCGAACUCUGGUGUCUCCGGACUUGGAUCGGGCGAUCUCUCGGCGUACAUCCUGGCCCUGCGCUGCGAUGAGGGGUUCUUCGCAAAAGGAUCUCGCCGUCUUUGAUUUCAGCGAGGAGGAGGCAGCCGUGGAGGCGGCGGCCGGGAUGUUCACGGCGAAGUUUCAGUCGAGAUUAAGACCUAAGAUGGACGACGCGGUCUACAAGUACCACUUGCUCGAGUCCUACACUUCAGGCUGGACUCUUAAGGGUGAUAUAACCAGUGGCUUACGUAUAGACAUGCACAAUAGAGAUAAUGGCAGAGACCCUUGUGCUGUGGAUGUACCAGAACAGGGUCUUGCUUUGAACAAUGAGAAAGCAGAGUUGGAUGAAAUUAUGGCUUCCUCUACGAGUUAUGAUGAGCAUGGUCAGAUGCAUCCAGAUGAAUUUGAAGAUUUUAGCAAUCAGAUGGGAAUUAAAAUUUUCCCUGAUUAUGUCAUACAUGGGGGCAUUUCAUAUGGAGAAUCUCAGGUUGUCUUCUCUGCAGAUUGCAUUAAGAUAAAGUGUUCUGAUGCGAUUGGAAGUGAUGAGAAGUUUUCUUCUGAAUGGGCAGUUGCUGAUAUUGUUCAUAUUGUUUGUCGAUGGAGUGGAAGUGUAACUACUGCAUCAGUUAAACUUUGCCUCGGAGAAAAUGAUGUGACUAAAAAUGAGAAACAUCAUAAUGAUUCUGAUUUGCCUGUAGGUUUUCCGGAAGUAAGGUUCUCCGUCAAUGACAUGUGCUGGAUGGAGAGGGAACAAAGGAUUAGGAAUCUGGCAGCAAGAUAUGAACAUAUAUGGAAUGCUAGCUUUGGUGAUAUGGUGUGCAAAAAUGACUUGAUGGAUUCUAAUGCAUCAAGGGACUUCUUCGCAAUAAUUGCAGGAUCCUUGGAAGAUGUUAUCUACCCUAAGGGAGAUCCUGAUGCUGUUUCCAUAAGUAAAAGAGAUAUUGAAUUCUUACAACCUGAAACAUUUAUCAAUGAUACAAUUAUCGACUUUUAUAUCAAAUACUUGGAGAACAAGAUUCAACCUGAUCAGAAGCAUAGAUUUCACUUCUUCAACAGCUUUUUCUACCGUAAGCUAGUAGGCAAGGACCACGGUGGUGUCUCGGAAGGCAGGGAAGCUUUCCUGCGUGUUCGUAGGUGGACUCAAAAAGUAAAUAUAUUUGACAAGGAGUAUAUAUUCAUACCAGUAAACUUCAGUCUGCACUGGAGUUUGCUUGUUAUUUGUCAUCCUGGAGAAGUGGCUAAUUUGGAAGAUAAUGAAAUUGAAUCAGAUAAAGUGCCUUGUAUAUUACAUAUGGAUUCUAUCAAGGGCUGUCACAAUGGUCUCAAGAACAUUAUCCAAAGUUACAUAUGGGAGGAAUGGAAGGAAAGGAAUCCAGAAACAACUGAAGAUGAUUCUUGGAAAUUUUUAAAAUUAAGAUUUGUCUCUCCUGAGCCGCCACAACAGGAGAAUUCAUUUGACUGUGGCCUUUUCUUACUUCACUAUGUUGAGUUGUUUCUCAAAGAGGUUCCUGUUAAUUUUGACCCGUUCAAGAUCACCAGGUUCUCCAGCUUUCUCGGCGCUAAAUGGUUUCCUCCUGUCGAGGCUUCUUUAAAGCGUUCUGUCAUCCGGAAGCUGAUAUAUGAAAUUUUAAAUGACCAUUCCGAGAAAAUCGACCCUAGCACAUGCAGCAUUGGGUGCCCUUCAACAUCAGGGCAUCCUGAAGAUAACACUGAGCGAGAUCAGCACGUAGAGCUGCUUUCUGCUCACUGUAGUCCAGCCAUGGGAGUAAUGGGUGGUGCAAUAUGUCAAGACACUGAAGAUGGAGAAAAGUUGGAUGCUGUUGAAGAUUCCCAAGAAGCUGAUACAACUAAAGCAGAGCACAGGGUUUGUGAAGGUUCUCAGAAAAUUUGUGCCAGCAAGGCAGAUUGCCAGAUUGUGGAUGGUAGGGAGAUUAACACAAAUGCCAAUGAGGUUGAGGCUACAGAUUGUCAGGUGCUCAGUGCUACUGGAGCAGCGGAUAGGGAAGAUGGUGGCCGUGAACUUGACACCAAUGAAGCAGGGGAAGAUGGUGAAGAUUGCGGGGAAACAACUUCCAAUGCUGUAAGACAGGAUAAUAAAAGCAGUGUAAUCCACAUCACGGAGGUAGAAAGUUGUGACGGCAGCUGCCAAGUGAAUCAGCCUUCUCUUGAAGCUACCAUCAUCACUGUUGAUGAGACACCUUCGGACGACAACGAUGAUGUUCGAGUGACAUGUAAAAAGCCUGUGCAGAAGCCACGCAAGAGAGGGAAGGUUAUGAUCCCCGAAGGAAGGAGAGUGCGCACCCGGAGCAUGACCAAAGAACAACAUAAUGAUACAUAGACUGUGUUCUUGUUUUGGUUUCUUUCAACCUGUAAAUGGUUUUGUAACAUGUGGAAAUCUUGUUUUGGUGUUCACAGAGCCAAUCAACUUUCUUCCUUAUGUGGAAAAUAUGCAUCUUUUAAUCUGGUUUAAGUAGUGGCAUAAUUGCCAUUCAUCAAUGGAGUAAUCCUGUUUACUAA